CACUAUUCACCCCCCCCCCCUCUAGUGAAGGGCACUUAUUCUAACACGAAGUAGGCUCAUGUCCAAGGCUUCGGUGUCUGUGGCUUUCUGUCGGUGCCCUUCCACCAUUCGUAUGCCCCCUUGCGGAGCAGCUGAGAUUCCAACCUUGGAUGGUCUGUAAUCGGUACAUUCACCCGGUCCCCAAGGAACUCCUCUGCUCUGUUGUCCUUCAGAGUUUUGAAGGUGAUGUGUCGGUGAGGUGGUUGAGGCUGCUAAAACAUCGGCGCGUUCGCCAUCUGCUGCAAAAAUUGAGCCAUGAAAGUCGGCAUGAUGUUCUCGGGCGGGUUCCCGAAGUUCUGAUUAUUUCCCGCGUUCAGUGGCACAUUGGGCUGCCCAGCAUUCUGCUGAGUUAUGAAGCUAGACACCUCCGUCUCAGCAUCGUUGUGGUCGUCACCCAGAUUCUCUUAUCUUCACCAAAAAAGAUCAAACUAACCCAAUUAGAUGACAAGAUGCGCUUAUCUUCACACCAAAAGAAUACGAAAGCAUCCAAAGCAAAAAUGGAGAAAAUACAGGAAAAGAAGGCAACUGAAACUUUUGCAAAACGAAAAGGGAACCAAAUGAUUAAGGAUGCCGAAUGUCGCAAAGUUGAUCUCAAACAUAUAAUAAACUCGGCAUUUUUCAACUUAAAGUACCAAGGCAAAGCACAUUACGUACAACUUAGGAAGGUUCACCCAAGGUGGAUAGAUGUGAAAGACAAACAAGUUGAAGGUGGUUAUUUUGUGAUGAGGAUGAUGUAUGAUAUCAUGGUCCGAGCAACAUUACCAUGUAUUGAUAAAAGUUUUGGCAAUGACGCAUCACCUUUUCAAAGGAAGGACAUCCAUGAAAUAAGAUCAAUGUUUUGUGCUCACUUGAAUUCAAAAUAUAAUGAGCUAAUUCAAUACACUCUAGAAGAUAUACGAUCAGUUUGGAGAAGUAUAGAGGUUGGAUGGUUAGCUCCUACUAUGACCAAUACAGAUGGAGAACUAAUUCAGAAACCUUACGAAAGAUUUAGCAAGAAAGAAAAGGAUGCUGCAGAAUCGAAUGAUCAGGCUUUGAAUGCAAUCUUCGGAGCGGUUAACAGAAAUCAGUUCCGUCUUAUCUCAAAUUGCACAGAGGCUAAGAGAGCUUGGGACAUUUUGCUUAUUACUCAUGAAGGCACUACAACAGUCAAGACAGCCAAACUUCAGAUCGUGAUGUCUAAAAUUGAAAAUCUUAAGAUGGAGGAUACUGAGUCUAUCACAAACUUUCAUGGGCGAGUUAGAGAGUUGGCAAAUGAGGCUGAAAGGCUUGGUGAACCAAUUACAGAACACAAGUUGGUGUUGAAAGUUUUACGUUCUCUUCCAGAAAAAUACUCCAUGGAUGUCAAAGCUAUUAGACAAACACAAUCUCUAAAUAUUAUGUCUCUUGACGAGCUGAUGGGGAACUUAGAAACCAUUGAGUUGGAGAUGCAUGAAGAUCUAUGGCGUAAAAAGCAGCAUGUCAUCCUCGUUGAAAAAGAGAAGCAGUGUGUUAAAGACAGUGCUAGAACAGCUUUUCCAACUUUCCAUAGUGUUGAUGGUGACUCUGAUAGUGACGUAGAUCCUAGGGAGAUGCUUAUAAUUGUUGAAGAAAAAUUUCAAGAGUCUCUACAGGUCAACAAGAAAAAAUGUUUGGAAAAUGAUAGCCUCAAACGUGAACUUUCUAAAUCAAAACGCGAUGUGGAACAACUCAUCAAAGAGUUACAGAGAUACAAAGGUAAAGUUACAGCAGAGGAUGACACAGAGGAUGAUACAGAUGAUGACACGGAGGUUGACACAGCAAAAGAGCUAGCUAUUCUCCAAAAGAAGUGGGUAGAACUUGUUCAAGCCAACCAGAAAACUGUUUUGGAGAAUCAACAGCUUGUUGCCAAGCGCAACAGACUAAAGGAGAGUAUUUCAGAACUAGAAAAGAAGAUUGAAGACUUAGAAGGGAAACAAUCAGAUCCCAAGUAUGAAUUAAAUAAACUCAAAAACUUUCACAAGUGGAUGAGAAGUGCUGGAGCAAAAGCUAUUGAGGAACAAGUGAACGUUUCAAAAUUUUAUGGAGACAAGACGGGUCUCGGAUUUUCAGGUUCUGAAAGCAAUAAGACUCCACUUGACUUGUUUGUUGAUCGAAGAAAGGAAAUUGCCCAAAAAGUCUCACAAGGAAGGAAAACAGAAGCUGCUGCAUCUGCUGGAACAUCUUCUGCCAAACCCGCUGAAGCAUGUAAUGAAGCUUCUGCUGGAACAAUUUAUGCAGCACCUUAUGCAAAAAGGCAAAGAGUUGUGACACAAUCUAGUAUGAGAAGACACAAGGAUCAUUAUGCUAAACCUGAAAGGUAUUCUUAUACUAAUGUCUAUGCUAAUUAUGUUUGUUUUUGCUGUGGAAAAAGGGGACACAUUCAGAGGAAAUGCAAGAUUUUUAAAGAGCAAAGACACAGAAAAAAGAAUGUUACAACAAAGAUGAUUUGGGUACCUAAGAUUCAAUACAAAAAAGGUGAUAAUCCUUGUGUGAAUGAUGUUGCUUCUGAUCAAUGCCAUGUUAGUAGUGCGAGCUUGCAUCAAGAAGAAAAGAAGAUAGAUCGUUGUGCUGUUAACAAUGCUGAAUCAUCUCAUAAGUGUGAUGAAGUGACACCUCCUACUCAUGAGAGUGUGAAGUUUAUGGCUAUGAAAAAACGGGCAUUGGGCAUGUGUAAAAGAGCAUUUGAUGGGAAUCGGUCAAACCCAAUAGAUAUUCAGAAUCAAACUGAUAUUGCAUUGGAUGAGUACAAAAAGAAACUCAAAGAAAUUGAAAUAGAUGAAUUUGCAAAUACUCCAAAGUAUUUGGAAGAAUAAAUUCAAGAUUAUUAAAAUGGUAACAUGAUA